CUCCUGCAGGAAUACAGCCUCUUCCUCCGCCGCUGCAGCCUGACUCUGACACAACCGGCAUGUCUGCAAACUGAGAGCCAGAGAGGAGCCACCAUACCGACCCCACGUCCACACACACACAACUUGCUUUUGCCCCUCAUCCCGCAGAGGGAGGACAAAUAAAGGUGGUUGUGACCCUGCGACGAGGCUUUUUCCUUCUUCUUCCUCUUCUUCUUCUCCGGAGGGAUAAAGACUUGGGAGGAGGAUCAUAACAAGGUCCGUCCCUGAUAACGUGACCAGUGAAGGAAGAGAACACAGAACUGCUUCAUCAUGAAUUUUGUAAUGAAAGCUGCGAUGGGAGGAGGACCUCCUGAUGUGGGCAAGAUGCUGGGAGGAGAGAAAGAGGAGGAGGACCCCGACGCAGCGAAGAAAGAGGAGGAGCGACAGGAGGCACUGAGGCAGCAAGAAGAGGAGAGGAAGGACAAAUACGCCAAGAUGGAGGCAGAGAGGGAAAGGAUGAGGCAAGGCAUCAGGGAUAAGUACGGCUUGAAAAAGCGCGAGGAGGCCGAGGCUGAGGCGGCAGCCGCCCAGGAGGAGGCAGUAGCCGGUAGCUUGACCCGACCCAAGAAGGCAGUGCCGGCCGGCUGCGGUGAUGAGGAAGAGGAGGAAAGCAUCAUGGACACAGUGAUGAAAUACCUGCCAGGCCCGCUGCAAGACAUGCUGAAGAAGUAGGUUAGCUAGCUGGCUAAUGCUAACAUUAUCUUGCUUAGUUCACAGGCAACAUUCACAUGGUUGGCUUUAAUCAGGGUUUUCUUCCAUCCACAUGUACGUGCAAAAAAAGAAGGCACAAAGAAGUUAAAAUACAGUGCAGUGUUUUUGGUGUUCGGCUAAAGCGAAGUUUCAUGGUGGGGAAAAUAAAUCAGAUGUGAACCAGCUGUGUGAAUUGCAGUUAGACUAAGCUAGGCUAACCCAACGUCCAGGUGAACGUUAGCUUGACUGAUGUUAACGUUAGCUAAGUUACGCUAAUAAAGCUAACAGCGAGCAGAGGGGCUGAAGACACAACGUUUGAUGGUUUAGCCUUUUAGUCCGAGGAAUUUUAAAACUCCUUUUUUCUCUCCUCUGAUGAAGCUGCAGAGCUCCGACAUAUAAUCACCUUGAUCACUCAAUUUGUACAUAGAUGAAUGAAUACAUGAGACGCCUCAAGGUGGGCAAACAAUCAUAGAAUACUAUAUGAAAUUAUUAUACUAACCGUGUGUCUGUCUCUAAGGUAACAAAACAUGUGAUAACUUGAUAAGCCAUAUUUGAAAAAGGAAAUUUAAAGACUAUUGUUGUGUGCUCCUAAAAUACUGUUUUGUGUUCGACCAUGUCUGAAAUUUAUGUGAAACCUUUUGCACACAGUGUCACACAUUCUCUGUAAGACCUAGUGUCCAUGUCCCUGGCACUCCUACCGCGCCUGACGUCAAAGUGUAUCCAUGUAGCGUAGUGUUUAAAAUGUUUCUAUUCCCCUGUUCAGUGCGUUUCCUUCUUACGUCUUGCAUGCCAUUUGUCUAGAGAAGUUUGUCGUGUGAAAAUGUACGAACCCACGCCCCGUGCUCCCUUUUCUCCUGUUCUUUAUCAUGCAAAAAAAAAUUUAAGGCAAUAACUCCUGAGUUUGAGUGUGUUUUCAGUACCAUGUCAGUGUAACCGUUAAUAAUAUCAGUGAUAUAAAAAAGAAGACAUAUAUGCAUUCAGGAAAUUUGAUUCACAGAUUUGCAGGGUUUUAUUUUUAUGUUGUUUUGUCUCAGUUUUGAUUUAGAAUGACCGUGUAGCCGUACAUACAACAGCCAAAACCUUAACCUUUCAGCCAUAAACACAGAGCUUACAGUAUAUACUCUUACUAUCAGGAUCUACUACUCGGGAGAGAAUGCUGAGAGAAACUGUAUGAAGAGAUAAAAGCAUGUGAUCAUCUGGAGUUUGGAUCAUGUUAAUAUAUCUGGUGGGGAUUGCAUUUCUCUUAAUACACUUACACAUAAACACACGAACACACACACACACACACACACA